AACGAGCAGCAGACACGUGACCUCAAACAGGAAGUAAAUAAACUGCGUUCCCGCGCACUCGAGACCGUUCAAGGAGCUUUCCCAGUCUUUGCGAACAAAAUGGACGAGCUGUAUUUGGAUAACAUUGACGAAUAUGUGCAUGACCACAACAAGAUAGUGACAUAUAAGUGGCUGAGUGUGACUCUGGGUGUUCACGUAAACACAGCAAAACAGAUGCUCUACCAUUACCUGGAUCACAAGAGGAAGGAGAGUUCAGCUCCUCUUCACGCCACCUAUCUUGUGUCUGGGAGAUUUGAGGACAAUGGGCAAACUAGUCACAGAGUGUCACUUGUCAGAGAGGACCAAGUGGAAGAUGUCAAAUCCAAGAUGAGCCUGAUCGCAAGUGUCCAUGUCUACAGUGUGCAGAAGGCUUUACUGAAAGACAGCAGUACCCUCUACAGCGUAGACUACGAUGCAGUAAAAGACAACCUGAAGAACUGCAGUAGAUACAGUGCGAUUCGCUGUGCCAGUGCAGUGCCCAUGUCUUCUGUGGAAAUGCAACGCCCUCCGUCCCCAGAACCUGAAAGUAAAAAGUCAAGCAUGAAUGGAGAAGCUCAAAAACCUUCUACCAAGUCUCAAAAAGGAAUCAUGGGAAUGUUUGCAAAUAAACCCACUUCCAAAACCCAGGACAGCAGUAAAGAGAUUAAAUUAGGACCGAAAGAUGAUACACCUGAGGCCGAUGCAACCAAAAGCAAACCAGCUGGGAAGGCCAAUCCGAUGUCAAACUUCUUUGGGACUCAGUUAUCAAAGAAACCUGACAAAACCAUCAAGGUGGAGGAGGCAGCUCAGUCACCCACAGCAGAGCAGAAACCACAGACGAGUUCACAACCUGAAGAAAAACAAGAAGCUGCAGUGGAGACACAAAAAGACACAAAGAAAGAUUCCAGGAGCAAAACCAAGCGAAUACAGGAUUCUGACAGCGAAGAGGAGAAAAUGGAGAAGAAAAAAAGGCGACGGAUUAAGAAACCUGAACCAGACAGCAGUGAUGAAGAUGUCAUCCCAGACUCUCCUCAGCAGGUAGAAACAAGUCUCAAAAAAACAGCUAAGACAGUUUCAUAUUCACAACAGGUUCAUUCUGAAAUUAAAACAAGGAAGCGAAGACGAGUCCUGAAACAUCAUACCUUUCAAGAUGAAGAAGGGUGCAUCGUGACAGAAAAAGUGUACGAGAGCGAAUCAUACUCUGAAACUGAGGAUGAUGCUCAACCCACCAAACAAGCUCCAAAGGAUGUCGGAGCAGCGAAAUUACCUGCAAGUCAGAAGGACGAUGAGAAAAAGAGUCAGAAGAAAGCUUCAGCAAAUGCAAAUAAAGGCUCUAAACAAGCUUCAAUUAUGGGAUUUUUCCAGAAGAAAUAACCGAAGACGUGAUUAAACACUUUCCUGUGACCCGAGGAACAACAAGCACUGCUACAGACUGUCUGUGAUCUGAACUGACUCUCAGCUGUUCAUUUCAGGGUGAUACGUACUUACUGUAUUUUAUACCAGUACCUGUUUAGGAUGUUAAUACAACACCAACAUAAUAAAAGUUGUUGAAAACUGAAAAUAAACAAAGUAGGUGAGCUACA